AUGAUGGCACGCGUCACGGAUGAUGGGACAGCCUCAGAGGCACUUGGAGUAAACAGCGGGGUGAAGCAGGUCUGCAUACUAGCCCCAGUCCUCUUCGGCCUUGUGUUUUCUGCCAUGCUGGUAGACGCCUACCGUGACGGACGCCACGAGAUCCGCAUCGACUAUAGUACUGAGGGGCAUGUUCUCAACAGCCAGUGCAUGCAAGCCUUAAUGAGUCUCUCCACGACUACAGGCAACGACCUGCUCUUUGCGGACGACUUUGCAUUGAACACCACCGCCGAAGGAAAUCUGAAAAGAAGCAUAGACAUCUUCGACGCCGGAUGCACCAACUACAGAUUACCGAUCAGCAUUGACAAAACGGUAUUUAUGUACCAACCGUCAGCCAACACAGAAUGCGGGACUUCUCGAGUCAAUAUAAACGACAACCGACUUAAAACCGGCUGCUGUUCUCCAUGCGAAAUCGAUGCGACCUUCGACUGA